AUCUCUUUCUUCCUCCGCCGAGAUUUAGCACUCCCACUGGAGGAGGGCCUUCUCGCUUCGCUUCUCAUGGAGAGGGAGGGCUGAUGGAUAUUUCCGAUGUUCUCUGGUCCUCCGGGUCCUCUCUGAGCAAGCCUAGGGGGAGAGGCUGCGAGCGGACUAUUUUACUUCCUGGCGGCGGCUCACUUGGGCGGGCCUCUCAGAGAGCGCUCCGCGAGUGGCCAUCUGCGAGCCGCCAGGACAAAAACAAGGGGGCGGGGUCCCGCCUCCUCCAUUUUGAUGCGGGGUUGGGGCAGUGGUUGUGGGUAGGGGAUGGUGUUGUUCCCUUGGGUAGCGUCGUGACUCCGCUUGGAUGCGGGGCCAGCGGCGGGGACUACCCGCGUCGGUGCGGUGACGGGAGCCGGGCUCGCCUCCCCCUCCCGGCAGCGGAGGAAGCCAGCCGUGAGGGCCGCGGGGAGGGCCCGGUGCCCCCUUAUCACCGCCCCGGGUAAAGGAUCCGGAGGCAGGGGAGAAGAUGAGCAGCGAGGCGCUGUGGCUUUUCAAGCAGCUGAACCUCCACCUGGAGCAGGAGGGGCGGUUUCAGCCUCGAGAGAAGGGGCUCAGCCUCAUCGAGUGCGCUGCCGAGAAUGAAAAUACUCUGUGUCCGAGACAAAGGAAUGCCAAGGUGGAAGAUCUUUGGAGUUUGACCAACUUCUUUGGUUUUGCAACUGAAACGUUUGUUUUGGCUGUGAAUAUUCUGGAUAGAUUCUUGGCUCUUAUGAAGGUGAAACCAAAGCAUUUAUCUUGCAUUGGAGUUUGUUGUUUCCAGCUGGCUGCCCGAGUAGUCGAAGAGGAAUGCAAUAUUCCAUCUGCUCACGAGAUCAUCCGGAUCAGUCAAUGUAAAUGCACUGUGUCUGACCUGAAACGGAUGGAAAAGAUAAUUUCAGAAAAGUUGCACUUUGAAUUUAAAGCUACUACUGCCUUAACCUUCUUGCACUUGUACCAUACUAUUGUACUCUGUCAUACCUCAGAAAGGAAAGAAGUAUUGAAUCUCGACAAAUUGGAAGCACAGCUAAAAGCUUGCAACUGUCGUCUAGUCUUUUCUAAAGCAAAACCAUCUGUCUUGGCCCUGUGCCUUCUCACUCUAGAAGUUCAGACUCUGAAAUCUGUUGAGCUGUUUGAGAUCCUUCUGCGUGUUCAAAAGCAUUCUAAGGUAAAUAUUUCCCAUGGAUUGUUUUUGCAGUUUUUGGGACUAGUGUGAUUAAUGAUGUAUGAUGUUACAUUAAAGGGACCCUUACUGUCAGUGUGCAGUCUUUACAGGUACUGUUUGGCACCAGCUGAAAUAAGCAAUGAAAUGGGUCUUUAAGCAUCUGUGCGAUUCUUGUAACUAACAUGUUUUCAUUGGUAGAAUGCCAAAUGCAA